AUGUCGGAUUAUACUAACCGCCCAGGCGUUAACCCCUCCCGUGUACGUAUCCCGCAAGGUUCUGGAUCAACGUAUUUUCAGCAUUCUGAGCAAGGGUAUGAACGACCCACCACCAUAUCCCAAGAUCCAGAAGUCGAGAAUCGGAUUCGCACUCUCAAGGAGGUCACAAAUGGUCUCAUCCAAGAUGCGGAACGUCUGAGAGUGUCCGGUCACAAUUUUGCUCUUCGGGAGUCAUUGGGUGAAAGCAAGACCGUGGAUGAACGUGACACAGAAUGGAAGUAUGCUAGGUUCCAAGUGACCAUCUUGGGACUCAAUCCUCCUCAAUCCCGGAUUUUCGUUCUUGCCAGGGAAAGGGGUGAGAUGACUGAGUGGUCCAGAGCUGUACAAUCCACAAUGGAGACGUACUUUCAGGAUAAGGAUACUUCUAGAGUGGGUGAUGAUUUACAAUUGGAUCGGGCUGCUUGGCGCGCAGCUUUGACCCUCGGUCUCAACUAUGAGGAUUUUGGAGUUAUACGAGCGGAAGAUCAUGUGGCAUGGUGGUGGUCCGAUGAUCCAAAUAGCCAAUGUUUCGCAGUGAUUGAAGCCUGA